UGCAGCCGGGCCGAAUCCAUGCAGAUGCGGCGCCUGGGCACAUUCCAUUCGCCUUGGCAGCGCUGAGCCAGGUCAGAGAGGGCGAGAGGCAUCGUGAUCCAAGGAUGAGAGAGAGGGCAGGCGAGGGGGGCGCGCGAAAUGGAGAAAAAUAUACCAAAUACUUCGAUUUGCAUUGCACGAGAGACGAGAGCAUGACCAGAAAGAGGGAACAAAAUGCGGGCUGAUUUUUAAAUCCUGACGCGACGCGAGCGUAUACGUGAUGAGCAUAGACUGUCAUACUGUAAACCUGAAACAAGCCGAGAGGGACACGCAUGGUCGCCGUCGCGAUAAUAGUUGCGAAAAGGAAAGGAGAAGGUGGCACAUCGCAGAGUUGGAAGCGAAUAGCGAGUGGCUUGCUGACUCGCUGUCACAAUUCAGGCAGAACAAAAAGGGCGAGCUUUGAAAGAAAAGGGUAUGUGGGAUAAAGCACAAGGUCUUCGAGAUGGCAAGCCAACAUUUCCAGCGAACGUCGUGAGCGUUUUCUUGCGCCAUUCUUGUGCUAAAACUUGCUCGUCAGGAGCUC